AUGUCUUCGAGCUCAUCGACGUCAAGGAAUCAGCUACAAGUCACUCAUGUUCCAGUCGCUGUGUUGGAAGAUAACAAACUGGGAGGCGAUUCUGGAAUUGUCAAAACAGUAUGGUUGAGGAAAUGUAGCUUCUUUGAAUGGAAAGAUGAAGAACAGGCAGACGGGAUUGCUGAAGUGGAGUUUCUGCUGUCACAGGAGCAGUAUAAGGUGGCAAAGAGUGAGAAAGAAGUUCAUGAUGCAAUGAAGGCAAUAGGCAGGUACAGGAUGAUAGUUGCCCUGUUGGUUGGUUGCUUGGACCUAUGUGUUUUGAAGUUAGGGGGGUCAAUGUAG